AUGGCAGAGUAUCUGGCUCUACUUAAAGCAUAUGAAUUUAAAAAUGAUGUAUUCUAUGGAUCAAUCGGAUUGCGUUUACUUUCGAAUCAGCAAUUCAAAAUUGCUCUUCCGUAUGCGAAUUAUAUUCAUCAAUCAGAAAAUGACUGGUUUUCACUAGCUCAAAUGAUGAUUCAUAUGAAUGCAUAUGACGAAGCAGCAACAUGUUUUCGUAUUAUAUCUCGUCAAUUUGAACGAUCUACACAAUAUUGGGUUAGUUUGGGUGAUGCUUAUCGAAAAAACCAAGUCAAUACACUUGGUUCUUACGACUCAAUCGUAUUAGCUUUACUCGUCUAUAAAGAGGCUGAUUUAAGUUGGGAAGAAAUCUUACAAAAAGCUGCAAAUGAAUCUGAUGCACAUAUCAGACUAUUUCUCGUUCACUACGUAAUGCAAAUACAUAGGCAAACAUCGUCGAAAUGGAAAAUGAACGGAGAAUCUCGACUCAAUCAACUACACAAACGCUCUGUUGGUCUUUGCUGUCUACAUCUAGCCCAACUAUCUGCCUCAGAAUGGAACACAAUACUACAGACUUUGAUUGACAAUUCGGAAUAUGAUGGCGCAGCCGCUCUUCUUCAGACUCUAAGUUUCCAGACGAUCAAAUAUAUAGGCAUCUGUGCGAAUCCUGUAGUACGAUUCUUUUGCGAAGAAGCGAACAAGAUCGAAUUACCUAUGAUAGAUCGACUCAAACCAAUUGUUGAGAUUCCCAAUAUCAACAAUAUUCUUGCGAUUGCGGCACUCGUUCACCUACAAAACUUUGAUUAUAUUUGGAAUGUACUUAAAGAACAAUUUCUGUCCGAACCAAAACAAUACGACAAAGUAUUGAUUUGUCAUAAAGUUCAAGUCGAGCUAAACACAGCGGUAUCACUUGAAUGGAUUGAUCAAGGUAUAAUCGAAAAUGAUUCAAUCACAUUCGAUCUCAAAGACUUAACUCGAUGUGAUUGGUUAGAACUUGGACGAAGUCAUUUGAAGGAGACAAAUUAUGAUACAGCUCUUAACUGUUUCUUUAAAGGUGUAAGAGGCUCAUUGGAUAAUUGUACAGCAGCUUUAGAACACAUUCUUUCAUUACUUCCUGGUCUACCAGACUCUAUCUCGUUAUGGUAUGCUGUUGCUAUCUUUAGAAAUGCACGAGACAUUUUCUCUGUUACUUGCAAUAGUGUUCAAUACAUUAGCCAGAUUGUUGAUGCAAAGUAUCAAAGUAACAGUCAAUUUAUUAUUUCAGCCUUGCAUCACCUGAAUAAAAUUGAGCAACCCAUGUCUUCAUCAUUGAUGAAUAUGAAUUUGCGUCUACUAAAUGAUCUUUCAGUAUCGACAAAAGAAUUUGUUGGAGGUCUUCAUCUUCUUGAAGCGCGAUCUAAUUCACAUAGUCAUUUAUUAGCUCCCCUUCGACAACAAUACGAUAAAUAUAUGUUUACUCGUGACUAUGGCAAGGUUAAAGAAGCCAUGCAUAUGUCCGUCAUUGAACUGGCUAACUGUUUACAAGAUGUUACAAGUGUUGAUGCUCUCACAGAGUUUCUGAAAGAAUAUCAUGGCACCAGAUAUCUGAAAAAAAUGGCAGCAGAUCAUAACUAUCAACAAUAUUUUUAUAAUUAUUAUUUACUAGAAGGCAUGUGGGAUAAAUGGAUUGUUAAUGAAGAUUUUGAAUCUAUUCGGCAGAAAUCAAUUAAAUCCUUACUUACAAGUAAACAAUGGGAGAUAUCUGACGUCGAAUUAUUAUUAAAUGAUCCAUUAAUUCCGCGAACAUCUGAAGGCUGGCUUCAUAGCCAACGAAAGUCCCUUGCUAUAUCGGGACGAAAACGUUACACAAAAGUUGACGGAAUCAAGUUUAAUAUCAUUACAGGAAAAGUUACCUUUUUGCUGGUUCCGGCUCGAUAUCCAGGACACACAGCUCUCUUUGGCAGUAAUGACAUCGCAGAUGUGUUUAUGAAGGGUAUUACAAAAGCAAUUUUCACACUUGAUCAGCCAGAUAAUGAAUUUCUCUCGCAUCCAUUUCAAAAGAUGAAGUAUGCUCCAGCAGGUCUCAUGAAAACUCAAUAUCUGGCAACACUACUUCAUACGGAUUAUCUACUGAAAUUCAUGACAACAGGCAUGGAAAUAAAUUCUAAAUGGCCGUUUCCUAUGCGUGAAACAAGUGAAGGAUUUAUGAAACGCUUACCAAAACGUCUACAAGGUUUGUUAAAGCCAAUUGAAAUGCGUAAUAAAUUGUUCAGUCGUGGUAAUAUGCAUCGCUUCUGGAUUGAAGCAGGCGAUCCUAUCUACGAAUGCACAAUAAGUAAAGAGACAAACGAGAUUAUUUAUCGCAUAGGCGAUGUACCGAUGUAUGUGAAGCAACAUCUAUUGAGAUACGACGACGAGGGUACGCUUGUCGAUGAUAAUAGCAUUGGUAGCGAACCAGACCGAUCUCCGGAAGCUCAAUUUGCAAAAGCCUUCACCGAUAAUUACGAAGAAAUCGGUGCUUAUUUUCCCGAGUUUCUUCGCCUCCAAGAAUUAGCUAAACUGGGCGGAAUUACAACAGUUAAAUGA